AUGCACGCUGCUGUACCUAAAAGGAAGAAAAGAGCAGAGGGUGAAAUGAUUUACAAAGAAGAUGACAUUAGUGUAGCUGGUAAAACGUUAAAACAACUGGGUGAUACUAAGGAAAAAAAAAGAUUUAAAAAUAUAGAUUCAGUAGUCUCCCUUUCUGAAAAACGUCCCUUGGAUAAAUCUGACCCGUUAACCAAUAGGCCUGAAAGCAAAAUAAAUGAUAACGUAUCUACGGAACAGAUCUUCGAGAAAGGCUCAGGUCAUAAAACGUAUCAAAAUAAAAUUCGAAAAUUAGGUCAAUCUAAAACUAGAAAAACACGCAAGCUAUCGGUCGUUACACAAGAUCAAUUUCAAGCUCUAGGCAGAGUAGUAGAAGAUCUACAAAAUCAAUUUGGGGAAAUCACAUCAGCAUAUCUUCCCGAAAACAUUGAACUUAUGCAGGAGCUCCAUAAAGGUGCCUCACUAACAGAUGCCAUGGCUGCUUUGCAACUGUCUGCUCGUCUUGAUGCAGCCGAAAAAACUUUAAAUAGAAUGUUAUCAUUAAUUACGGACCUAGCUAGUAGGACGCCUGGAACAGACGUAACCGUAAAAUACGAGGGCCAAAAUGAAGAGCAGACAAUGGAACAUGAAAAACCAAUGCAAGUCCACUAUAAAAAAUUUCAAAAGGUUUCUUCUGAAACACAAUCUUUUCAGGCAUCCACUACAAAUAUAACACAUGUUGACGUUGCCGAAUCGGAGAAAGAUAUUAUUGCGUCUAAAAAUCAGAAAUGGAUAACGUCUUGUGAUUUAGAUUGUUCGCUACAAGAAUUACAGGAGGAGAUUUUAAAGGAAGUAACGAACAUAACACAUACCAAUAUUGAGAGUGCCAAUAAUGCUUUAAAACUAGCAAAACGAUUAGAAACAAAAUUGGAAGCGACGUUACAUCUUCAGUCUCGAAUGAAUGAUUUAGAAACUUUGGUAUCAGAUUACGCUGAUCAUGUUAACAUUAUUGAUACAGGAUUAACUUCUCAGAUAACUAAUUAUCAAGAACAACUAACUCAAAUGCAAAAUGACUUAGAGACUUGUUUAGAAAAUAUGGCCGAAGCUCUUGCAAACACCGGAGGAGAUGCAGCAGCUGUGGCAGAACUGAAUGCGCAUUUUACAAAUCUUCAAGAAGAUUUCGAUAAAGCAUCUACUAAACAAAGGGGAUUACAAGAAAUGCAAAAUUCAUUACACCUGGAUCUUAAAACUCUAUGGCAACAAAUAGAACAAUUGCGCGAUACAAAGCCUGAUAGAGAAGAAGUAUCUGAUGCCCUUCGUGAUAAAGCUGGCCUAGAAGCGUUAAAUGGUCUUGUAUCUCAACAACAUUUUGAUGCAGUUCGAGGAGAUUUUCAGAAAAGUAUUAGUGCUGCAUAUGAGAAAUUUAAUAAUCAAGAACUAAUUUGGCAGGCGAGCUGUUUUGAACAAUUUUAA